AGGCAAGCCUGUCAUGAAGAGAAGAAAACCGGUCCGAGUUUGUCCGCGGAACGUCUCGUUCUUGUUUGAGUAUGCAGGUGUCUCUAGCGCUCGUGCAGUGCGGCGCGCGGCUGUUGCUGCUGCUGCUGCUACAGGGAUGUUUCACAGCUGCGAACGGAUGGAGAGCUUUAAAAAACGAUGCUACAGAAAUUAUACCAGAAUACACAGAAGACACGAAUAGACCUGAGGAGCAGAUACAAAUUUCUAAUAACAACACAAUGAACCGAGCUAAGAACGGAGGAAGGAGGUCAUCAGCCAACUCACGUACUUAUGGAGCCUCUGAACUAAGUUGCCGGGAGCUGCGUUCUACCCGCUACAUUACCGAUGGAUCCUGCCGCAGCGUCAAACCUGUAAAAGAACUGGUGUGUUCUGGUCAAUGCCUUCCAGCUCACUUGAUGCCAAACUCAAUUCUAAGGGGAAAAUGGUGGAGAAGCAGCUCAUCUGAUUACCGCUGCAUUCCCGCCCACUCCCGCACCCAGCGGAUACAGCUCCAGUGCCCUAACGGACCAAACCGGACAUACAAAAUCCGAGUAGUCACGUCUUGCAAGUGCAAACGCUACACUCGCCAUCACAACCAAUCGGACGUCAAGGAGUUGUCGUCCAAGAAGCCACGACGCAAUAAGAAGCACCGCAGCAAACUGCCGUUGGUCAACAGCAAUUCGUACUGAGGGGGAAAACAGAAACUGAUACAGAAAAUCUCUCUUGCACACAUACAGAUACACCUAUAUACAUACGUAUGCACACAUAAUACAGAAACUGCAAUCCUCAGCUACAAGGGAAUGAAUAAACGCAUUAGCUUUUAACAAACAUGUUGGCGUGCCAACAAGUUUGCAAUGUAUUUCAGAUGUCUCGCUGUUUGUAUGUGUUCUUGAGCUGAAAUAGUUCCAGUUUGAUCAGAGAAUGCCAGCAGACUAAUGGACGCUUGAGUAAAAGAUGUAUGCUGUUAUGUGAGAUUAGUUCAGGGAAUGAUGAUAUUUUUGAGGAAGGAGGAAUAACUCCAUAUAUUCUUGCCCAGGCAGUUCAUUUCGAGUUUGAAGUUCAUUGAAAGGGUAAGCUAACUACAGGCAAGCACGCUGAGCGUCCAACCAAUCCACCAAGCGCUCAUUUGAAUGUUUGUGUACCAGAUUUGUCCUCCUCUUCUGGGACUUGGAGCAGUGUAUGAUUUGACCGUUCAGCCGUUUCGGGCCCAAAAGACAUGCCACUGCUGACAGAUCGCUGAGGCCCAGAAUUCUUAACCUUGGUCAGUUUGACCAGCCCACGAGUCCUCUUGACAGGCUGGGGAGCCGAGCCAGUCACCAUGUGAGUGUCUGCAACUUCACAUUUCCACAAGAAACUGAUCGGAACUGGCAGUUACGGAGAGUUCGAAAAGUUGUGUCAGCCCUCCACGGUCCAAGUCCCCGGAGGUCAAGAACCGCAAACGAUAUUCCUGUGACUUGUCCUAAUUACCAAAUAGUUCCAUUCCUGUGUUUAGGAUUGGAGUCAUAAAAAGCCAUUUCCUCUAGACAUGGUCAGUUCCUGUUUGUUAGAACACCCGAGAAAGAGGCCCACAUGUGUGUAGCAAUCUGCAGCAAUUCCUCCCGGGCAAAAAACCUUUCUGCACCCUUACUUCGAUGGAAACCAUUUGGAGAUAUUCAGCUAUCUGCAAUCGCUAGCAGGUUUACCUACAUCCAUUACUGAAGUCUUCAGCAAAGAUGUCAUCCUUCCUGUCUCGUGACCGGAAAAGUAGACAAAUAAGUGAACCAAACUUUGAAAUUGUGGUCUGGAUGUUGAUUUUACACAGGAUAAAGAGAUAAGAGAAUGCCAA